CGUACGUGAACACACAAAAUGUUUACAAUUCUCACUAUAAGUGUGAUUCUGUGUUGUGUUUUUGUGCAAAUUAACUUGACAAAUGAAUUGAAUACAAUACCAUCAGAUGUGUAUCCUGUCAGUCAUGCCGCAUUGCCCCGAGGACUGGCUAUCUAUCCCCUGCCAUUGGAGAACUCCGACCACGAAGUCUUGUUAAAUGUUACCUGGGACCAGCCUAUGGGUCCCCGAGUGAGCACUUAUUCGUUGGAAGUCGACAGUAUCAGAAACACGGUCGAUUGUCAGUCAACACUUUGCUACGAGUACAACAUUCCCGGGGAUGCCUUAUGGGCCUUGGUCCCAUCAGAGCCAAGUACCAUAGCAGGUGGCUGCGCAGUCCGUCCUGGCUGUUCGUACCGUGUGAAGCUCAUCGCGCAUCCAUGGGACGGCCACACGUCUGCCAAUGUUAACGUGCAGUUGGAUGAAUGUAUACUGGGUGUAUGCUCUUGCGCACACUCACCACGGCUUCCAAGACCUGAAGUUGAUGCAGAGCUUUUCUCCAAAAUGGGAGACCUGUUUGUCAAUGUGUCUUGGUCUCUACCAGCUCCACAAGAACCUUUACGGCUGCCACCUAGAUUGCGAAAGCAGUUUUAUUAUGUGAGCUUAGGUAAGCAGAUGAUAUCCGACGCCCAUCCAUCACCGUGGUUCUCAAACACAAUAACAAGAAGUAGAGAGUCAACGGGCUUUGUAGCGGUCCCUGAAGGUCCCUUGUGGAUGGUCCUACCCAUUAACGAGCGGAGCGUCGGUCGCAGCGAUAAGCAAACGCGGAAAUUGGUUCUGGACGUAAAAAUGAUUGCACGAGUGAGCCUUGUGGAUGAACGAGGGUGUAUAGGACCAGCAGGGAAUCAUACAGCGUAUGAUCCAUCGCAAGCUAUAGGAAAGCGUUCUUCAAUUACUACAUAUAUACUAUGGGCCCUUCUUGGAGGCGUUUGUGUGUUGGCAAUGCUGUUAUUGCUGGCUUGUACUAAACGUGUUAUAAAACGGGUGUUAAGACAAUUUUACCCCGCUACCGCGCCUUCUUCGCUUGAGCCGAUGAACAGCUACCCUAUAUGGUUCCUGCGACAAAACAAUGCUAACGUGACAAGAGGCCAAAUGGAAGAAAGUCCGCUAUAUGAUCACAAAGAGUUUGAGCCAGGUGAAGAAUGCGAUGAUUGGGAAGUCAGCAGAUCCAGGGUCCAUUUGGGUGCUUUAAUCGGAAGUGGUGCAUUCGGGAGGGUCCAUGCUGCUCACCUGGAUAUGCCUGGAGGCGAAACCAUCACAGUUGCCGCUAAGAUGCUGACAGACAGUACAGCAGGCGAAGAGAUACAUGACUUUCUCCGCGAGAUUGCGAUGUUAAAGCACGUUGGUUCACACAAACAUGUUAUCCGUCUCGUGGCUUGUUGUACCAGACGACCUCCACUUAUUGCGCUAUUGGAACAUGCCCCUAGAGGAGACCUUUUGACCCUGCUGAGAGCUGCUAGAGGGAAAAGAAACAUAAUGAAGGAAGUAGAUGUAUCCAGUAGUAAUGGACGGCCAUCUGAAGCGGAGACUGAAUACACUAACAUAAGCGAUUCGGAUCCGCCGUUGGAUCCGCCUGGAUAUUCUAAAUUAUACAUUGACUCGGACCAGGAGACAAGCAAACACCAGUACGUAGCAGAACCAGCAUUACAUCUUGACAGCUCUACAAUGAGAGAUUAUGCUCUGCAAGUAGCUUUAGGUAUGCAGCACUUGGAAGCAAGAGGAAUUACUCAUCGGGACUUAGCUGCUAGAAACAUUCUAGUCGAUGGCGCUGGUGUCCUCAAAGUGGCAGACUUUGGACUCUCCAGGUCUGGGAUCUAUGUCCAUACAAGAUCUAGACCUGUGCCGUUGCGCUGGUUGGCUCCAGAAGCAAUUUUCUCAUCGCAAUACAGUAGUGCCACCGAUGUCUGGGCAUUUGCAGUUUUGUUGUGGGAAAUUGCUACUUUCGGUGGUUUUCCAUACGCCGAACUGAGCAACCAAGAGUUACCAGAAUUUCUGACUAGAGGCGGUCGUCUUUCGAAGCCUGCUAGAGCCUCGCUACGUCUGUAUCAGCUUAUGGAGGAAUGCUGGUCUAACGACCCAAGCUUUCGACCAACGUUUGCCCAAAUUGUGAACAGACUUACAGUCCAAAAUCAAUUGUAUGUGGAUUUAGAUUGUGUUUUUCCACCAUUCGAAGACCUGAAGACUGAAUAA